AUGCGCGACGACGACGACCCCGCCGCGCGGGUCAGCGCGUUCUCCGCGGCGGAGCUUCGAACCUCUGCCGAGGCCACGACCCGCGGACGCGCCGACUCGGACGAUUCGGACGCCGAGCGCGCCACCGCGCCGUGGGAUGCCCCGUGGGAUGCCGACAAUCGCGCGCGGCCCCAUCCGCCGUUCGGACUGACGCGCGCGGAGCGCGCCUACUUCGACGCGGCCGGCUCGCCUAUGCGCGCGCGCACGACGACGUACGGUUCCAUCGCGGUCGACGUCGCAGACGCGGGCGAUGAUGACGACGAGGACGAGGAGGAGGAGGAGGGGGACCGCGCGCGAGACGCCGCGGCGGGCGCGCGGUCGUCCGGAUGGUUGGGAACGAGCGGGAGACGACGCGGCGCGACGGUCGCGGCGGCGGCGUGCCUCGCGAUGUGCGGCGUCGGCGCGUUGGCGCUGGCGAUCGCCCCGCCGGAGAUACGCGCCGGCGUGGCGUCCUCCCUCGGACUCAGGAUCCCGGAGAGCCCCAAGCCCGGGUUCGUGGAGGCCAACAGGCACGAACCAUCGACGUCGUUCCUCGCCCCGCUCGGGUCCAACGACGACGCGAACGACGACGACGAGGACGCGUCCCACGGACCGCUCCGAGCGCCGUCGUCGUCGUCGUCGUUCGAACCGAGGCGCAACGGCUACCUGGUGGGCCUGACCACCUCCGCGGGCUUCGGCGACCAGUUCAAGCGACUCAGCACGUACGCGUCCAUGGCCAGGGAGCUGGACCGGACGCUCGUGCUGUGGCCGGUGUGGACGUCGCCGCACUACGACCUCGACGGCGGACGCGACACGUCACUCGGGCCGCUUCGGUUCUCCGAUUACGUCAUGGUGCACGACGGGGACGCGACGGACGUGGCGAACAGGGUGGUGAGAUACGAAGACGCGCCCGCGCAGGUUCGAGAUUUCCCGAGGCGUCACGGCAAGGCGUGCGUGACGAGCAACAACCUCGGCAAUCCCGUGCAGUUUCUCACGUCCGCGAACUUGUCGGAGGCGAUCGUCGCGGAACCCGACGGGAGCUCGUUUAAGAGUUUCGAGGCGCUUCGGGAUGACCUGAGAAGGCACGCGAGACACGGGCCGGAGCCGCUGGAGACGGUGUGCCUCGCCGCGACGUUCUCGCCGCGGGAUUAUAACAAUCCGCGGCACGCGGAGACGGCGAACGCCUGGGCGGGGUUGGACUUUAAGCCCAAACCCAGGUACCACAAACUCUGGUCCAACGCGGUGAACGCCAUGGCGAUCGACGCGGGGGAGCCCGGCGCCGGCCUGGCGGCGGGUCUGGGCGAGGACCCGGAGAAGGCGUUCAAGGAGAGGCUACCGGAGUAUCCGAUGCGGGUGACGGGCAAGUACGCGGCGCUGCACUGGCGACGCGGGGACAAGUGCGGCAAGUCCGUGGGGGUUCAGCGGACGCGGCGCGAGGGCCCGAACGGCGGGUUUCGGAACGGGGAGAACAGCCAGGCGCACCUCGCGGGCGCGCUCAAGUGCGAGGAUUACGAAGCUGACGAGAUCGUCACCCGGAUGUGCCGCGAGCUGAGGCCGAUGUACGUCGCCACCGACGACGACGACCCGGCGUUCCUGAACCACCUCAGCGGUAAGGGCUGCUAUCUGAGCAGGGACCUGAGGCUGGGCGUCCCGCGGGAUAAGCUCAACGACGUGGACCUGCUGAUGAUCGACGUCAUGAUGGUGGCGGGCGCGAAGGAGAGUUUCACGUUUGGGCACACCGCGCUCGCGAGGCUGUACGACAGGAUGCGGAUGAGCCGCGGCGAGAAGCGAAGCACCAACGUGGCCAACGACCACGAGCGUUUCUCGGGCAAGUUCGAGCGUCCCGUCGUCGAGGCGGCGAUUGGCAAGUUCAGCGAGUACCGACGGAGUACAUAG